AUGAUUAUAAAAUUAUUUUUUAUUUUAUUUAUUAUUUAUUUUACAAGUUCACUGGUUAAUUGUAAUGAUAUUAUUAGUGAUAGUGGUAGUAGUAAUAAUGGUAGUAAUAAUCAAAUUAUAACAUGCAAUACAUAUGUUGAUUCGAGUUCAAAUUCCUCAGUUGGUUGUGGUACAUUGAAUUUCCCAUGUUCAACAAUAUUUAGUGCAAUUCAAUCAUGUAAUCCUUCUUAUCAAGAAAUUACCCUAACAAUAGUUCCUGGUACUUAUUAUAUAAAUACUACAACUUUUGGUAUUUUAACCAAUAAAACUAUAAAUAUUAUAAAUAAUGAUUCAACAUCAUCAUCAUCUUCUUCUUCUUCUUCUUCCUCCUCUUCUUCACCUUCAUCAAAAUCACAUUCAAAAAAAGAAGUUAUAUCAUCAGAUGAUUCAACUACAUCAACAUCAACAACAUCAUCAUCAUCAUCAUCAUCACCACCAUUUAUUUUAUCAAAUAAAGUUAUAAUUGAUUUAACAGAUGCAAUUGAUUCAUUUAUAAAUAUUAAACCAAGUAAGAGUAAUGAUUUAACGACCAUUUAUAUUUUGGGUAUUACAUUUAAAAAUGGUAACCAAUCAAGUGGUUCAGUAAUUUUAAAUCAAGGUAGUUGGGUAGAUAUUACAAUCGAUCAAUCAUCAUUUAUUAAUAAUGGUGCAAGUCAAGUUGGUGGUAGUUUUGCAAUGAUUAAUGGUAUUGGUAAUAGUGGUGGUGGUUCUGGUGCAAUUAAUAGUACUUUAACUAUAAUUAAUUCAAGUUUUAUUAAUACAACCACAACAACAACAACAACAAUAUUAAAUAAUAAUAAUCAAAAUCAAUCAAAUGAAAUUAAAAAAGAAUUAACAACAAUUGGUGGUAUAAUUUUUUCAAAUUCAACAACACUAAUAACAAUUAAUGAUUGUAGAUUUUUUAAUAAUAGUGGUAAUAAUGGUAUUGGUUAUAUUUGGUCAGGUUAUUUAGUGAUGAAUAAUUCAUUGAUUGAAGGUAGUAAUUGUUCACCAGCAUUCUUUUUCAAUUCAAUAAGUGGUAUGGGUACAGGUUCACCAUUGUUCUUGAUAUCAAAUACAACAUUUACAAAUGCAAUCGGUGGUGUAGGGUUUGUUGUUUUUGGUUCUGAUUCAACUACAACCUUUCAACAAUGUACCUUUAGUGAUAAUGUUAAUACCAUACCAUUAUCUCUAAGUAAUUCCUUCUCAAAUGUAUUGGUCAAUCAAUGUUUAUUUUCAAAUAAUAACAAUAGUAAAUCAUUGACAGAGUCGGCAGGUGCAAUUAAUAUCAUUGAUUCUUCAAUUAUAAUAGAGUCUUCCACAUUCAUCAAUAAUAGAGCAGCCAUUGGUGGUGCAAUUCAAAUGAAUGGUUCAUUACCUGAACAGUAUGUAAAAAUCUAUAAUUCAGUAUUUAAUGGUAAUAAUGCAACCGAUAUUGGUGGUUCUAUUUUCUCUCAAGAGGGUCAAUUAUAUCUCUACAGUUGUCAAUUCUUAAAUAAUGAAGCGGUUGCUGGUUCAUCAGUUUAUUGUUUAAAUUCAAAUAUAAACUUUAGUAAUAUGACAUUUAACAAUAAUACCGAUUCAUCAAUACCAACUCCAAAUGGUAUUGGUUGUGGUUCUGGUAAAGUUUGUUCCAUUCAAGGUGAUCAACAAUUUCAAAAUAGUUGUUCCUAUGAUUAUCAACCUGAUAAACCAUCAUUACUAUCUCCUGGUGAAGUGGCUGCAAUCGUAAUUUGUGUUAUAAUUGGUGCUGCUAUCAUUGCAACUGUUUUGAUUUUAAUCAUUCGUAAAAUUAGUAGAGGAAGAAAUGGUUAUUCCAAAAUUGUUAAUGGUUAA